AUGCUUCACUCUAAGCGACCAUCAACGGGCGCUCCAAUCAAAGCCCUCAACGAGAAAUUGACCGAUGCCGAUGCGGAGGCCUUGCGCUUUCCCGAUUACAGCUUACCCUCUGAAACCCUCCCGUUCUGGCUCGUUAAUGUACCUCGGUCGCAAUGGACUGUCGAAUGUCCUAGCUUUCUACGUGAUCAAAACCCGAAGAAUAUACAAUGCCUUUCGACCCCUGACCACCUUUAUACCCGACAAAAAUGGGAGGAAGUGAAGGAGAUCACAAAAACCAACCGGAUCGAUCGAUUCCAGCGUGUGCCAAGCGAGCUGCGAAAGUAUCUGGAAUACAUGGCGCAUAUCAAGGCGGAGUAUACAUCCGUCAUGAGGUUUAUGAUCAAGGAAAGACUGGGUUGGGGGAAUGGAAGCCUGGAAGAUAUCAAGGCUAGAGGUGGUCCUUUUGAAUACGAGGAGGACAUCCGAAUCAUAUACAAUGACUGGCCAUAUGGUGUUGAUAAGGACAUCAUCCAUCUGGUAGUGUGGACCAAGUUCCAGCUGGAAGAUGACCCAACCACAGACGACCUUACGCCAAGCACACGAGCGGCCAUAGAGAGCUAUGUGCAGGAGAAAUUUUGCUCCCGGAUGCCACGCGAACAGGUGGUCUGGUUCAAGAACUGGAAGUCACUAAAGUCGGUUCCUGGAAUAGAACACUUCCACGUCAUGCUCCAUCGUCCCGAUAUGGAAUUUAUUAAGGAGAUCACCCGGGGAGAUGUACCACUGAUUGAACGGCUGUGA